AAACUACUCUAACAUUUGUUCCAAAACCAAUUUUUUAAUAUAAUAAUGAAUUAAUUAAUUUUUGCAAUUAUGCUAAAAUAUUAUUGGCCAAUGAUAUUAAUACCACAACAACAACAACUCAAUUCUUUCAACACUGUCACAAAAAGCACAACUCGAAGAAGAGCUCCAAUAUCCAUGGAGCUUGGCGGCUUAGAUUCCCACGGCCGCCAAUUCAAGAACGCCGAUGAGAUGUGGAACGAUCAAGUUGGUGAUUCCACCAAAAAGACUGAAUGGUAUCGCCAAGGCGUCGGCUAUUGGGAAGGUGUGGAGGCCUCCGUUAAUGGGGUGUUAGGAGGAUAUGGGCAUGUUAAUGAUGCUGACAUUAUGGGCAGUGAGGCUUUUCUCAAUUCACUCUUUUCUGAGCGUUUUUCCAUUGCUUCUUCUGCUGCAACUAACCAACGUCAUCUUGUUGCUCUUGAUUGUGGCUCUGGAGUUGGGAGAGUCACCAAAAAUCUUUUAAUAAGAUACUUCAAUGAGGUUGACCUUCUUGAGCCUGUAUCACAUUUCUUAGAGAAGGCCCGAGAAAGCUUGGCUCCCGAGAAUCAUAUGACCGCAGAUAUGAACAAGGCCACAAAUUUUUUCUGUGUGCCUCUUCAGGAAUUUACUCCAGAUGCAGGAAGAUAUGAUGUCAUAUGGGUUCAGUGGUGCAUUGGGCAUUUAACAGAUGAUGACUUUGUGUCAUUUUUCAAGAGAGCUAAGGUUGGUCUCAAACCUGGUGGGUUUUUUGUCUUGAAGGAGAACAUUGCAAGAAAUGGAUUUGUCUUGGACAAUGAUGAUCGAAGCAUUACUAGGUCUGAUUCAUACUUUAAGGAGCUCUUUCAUCAAUGUGGGCUGCAUCUUUACAAAUUAAAGGAUCAGAAGGGGUUACCCGAGGAGCUGUUUGCUGUAAAGAUGUAUGCAUUAACAACAGAUGUACCAAAGAAGGUACACCACACUAGGUCUAAAGUUAGAGCUAAUAGACCGGGAAUCAUCAAAUGAAUAAACCGGUUUUGAUUUUUUCGAUUCACAACUUGCUUUUUAUUUUGUUCCGUUUGUUCCUUCUCAUGAGUUCUAUCAAACCAUUAAUUAUGUUUUCCAUCUAUGAAGACCGAAAAAUGUAAAAGAAAGGCGGGUUUUCGAUCCCUUUGUAACAUAAUUAUUUUCCCCUCUAUUGGUGUAAAUGAUUGUUGUGGUUAUUGGUGAUAAUGUUAUUAUCUUUUUUUCUUCUUUUUGAAA